AUGCCCGCUCCGUCGAUCUCUCAGCAAUACUUUCCUUCGUUCCAGCAGCAAUUACAGCACCAGCUGUACCAACUGCCGCUAAUGCCCGUCGCGCAGCAGUCGAUCCCGCGUGGGAGCGAUUCUCACGGCAUGAUUUCCGCAAAUCCCGCCGACCGUUGCGGGCUGCAUCUGAUUCGUGGCGACGCGUUCGACCUCCGGCCGCAAGACCCGUCGACCACGGCCGUGUCAUGCGCUGACGUGGCUGAUGACGUGUCGAUUUCAUCCUCGAUUCGCCUAGCGGAUCUUAUCUCCGAGUAUUUUGAAGAUUGCGAUGAGGAGAGCGUCGCGCUCGACGGCUCGACGGCGCUGAGAACAGAGCGCAGCGCGCAGGCGCAGUUCCACGAAUCCCGCGCAGGAACAGCAGCCUUUCUGCCCGCCACGAAUCCCGCGCGCUCGAACCUGGGAUCGCAGGGCGAGGAGGCGAAUCAACGUCUGUCAGCAGAUUAUCUGGACAUGCAGAUGCAACUGACGGAGCAGAGUCAACUUCGCAUGGUUCAGUCGCUCGCAGCCAUGGAUGGCCCCGUCGAAAGCGCCCUUCACAAUGACGUUAUCGCAGCGAUGACCGACGCGCGCGCGUGCCAAGCGAACAACCCGCGCGGGAGCAGCCUGAACGCGGCGGUCGCAGGGCGACUGCGUGCGAUGGGGUACGACGCAGCGGUGUGCACGACGCAGUGGGACACCUCGGCCACCAUGCCCGAGGGGUCAUACGAGUACAUAGACGUCCUCGUCUCCGCGGAACCGCUCGCGCGCCCACCCGCAUCCGCCCGCGUCAGUUCCACCUCCCCUGCUCCAGCCUCCCCCUCGCCCACCUUCACCAGAACCGCCCCCCUGACCGCCGCCCCUCGCUCUUCCCUUCCCCCUUGCGCCGCCUCCUCCGUUUCCGCCGACGGCGCUUCCCCCUCCCCCGCUUCCGCCACCCCCGCUUCCCCCUCCCCCGCUUCCGCCAUCCCCCAACGCUUCAUCAUCGACCUGGACUUCCGCGCGCAGUUCCAGAUCGCACGGCCCACGCGCGAGUACGCGUGCGCGCUUGAAUCCACGCCGUUGAUCUUUGUGGGGCGGCGGGAGCGGCUGGCGCGGCUGGUGGAGGUGGUAUCUGGCGCGAUGCGGGGGGCUUUAAGGGCGCAGGGCAUGCACAUUCCGCCGUGGCGCAAGGGCGAGUAUCUGCUCGCCAAGUGGAUGGCUGGUGUCAGCCAGAGGGUUGCGUGUGAGGCGAAGGGGGAAGCGAAAGGGAUGGCGAAUGGGAUGCAGGGUGAGGGGGAAGAGAGCAAGGGAGAGGUGGGUAAGCGGAUGGAGGGCAAGGGCGAGUUUCUGCACGCCAAGUGGAUGGCUGCUGGCCGCCAGAGGGUCGUGUGUGAGGCGAAGGGGAUGGAGGAGAGGAUGGAGGGUGAGGGGAAAGAGAGGAAGGGAGAUGUGGGCAAGGGGAGUGUGGGCGAAAGGAUGGAGGGUAAGGGGAUGGAAGUCAAGGGGGUGGAGAAUGGGGGAGUCGUGCAGGUGGAUAAGGUUACAAUCAUAGCUGAUGGAGCUCCAUAUGGUGGCGAGGAUUCUCAUGCUCCAGCCCUCUCUACUGUCACAUCUGCUACUAGCACUGCUGAUUCUGCUGUUGCUGUGAAGCCUGCCCCUGCUGUUAACCCCUUCGCUCCUGGUGCUCUUCUCCCUGCUGCCACCACUGCUCCAGUUGGAAGAUUCCACACAUCUUCCGCUCCAGGCAUCACAGUGCGCGCGAGCAGGGGGACGGUGACGCCCCAGGCAAGCAGGCAUGCAUGCCCCAUCGCAAGGCUGGCCUCUCUCUCUGAGCAGCAGGCUGUGGGCGUUUAG